CCCGCCCCCACGGCAGUUCCGGCGAUGGCGGCCAUGAGCCUGCUGCUGCGGGCGGCGGCUGCCUGGGGGGGUCGGCGGGCGGCGGGCGCUGCUCUCCCCUGGCAGCCCGGGACCGCCCGCCUCCCCGGCACCCUCGCUCUGGUACGGCACAGCAGCAGCCAUGGGAAAAGAAUGUUCAUUAUCAAGGCAACGAGUUUUUAUGAUACUCGAUUUCUGAACUUGUUGAGAUUCUAUGUAUUUCUGACGGGAAUACCAGUGGCACUAUUCAUAACAUAUGUCAACAUCUUCAUUGGUGAAGCUGAACUUGCAGAGAUUCCCGAAGGUUAUGUUCCAGAGUACUGGGAGUACUACAAACACCCUAUAAGUCGCUGGAUAGCUCGUUACUGCCUUGACCCCCCUGAAAAGAACUAUGAGAAAGAGAUGGCUGUGCUUGACAUUGAAUCAAAGAAAGCUCAACUGAGGCUGUUGGAGUUGGAAGCACGCAGACUGAUGAGACACAGGGGAGAUGGACCUUGGUAUCAUUAUGAAACACCUGAUAAAAAUCUUGUUGACAAUUCUAUGAAAUCCACACCUGACAACUAAACUAUUAUAAGACAGUAUGCACGGUCUUAAAUGCAUACCAACAAGUCAUGGCCGAGCUAUGUAAUGUACAUCCUGCUGUUUACUGAUGGAAAUGAAUAAACAAUGUUGUGAUUCUGAUAACUUCAAAGAAA